GGCUGGCGCUCUGGACCGCAGCAGCAGCAGCAGCAGCAUGAGCGGGCCGGAGAGUGGCAGCGGAUCAGAGCUGCCGCCGCUGCCCAAGAGCCUGAGCGGGCUGCUGAACUCCUCCUCGGGCGGCGGCGGGCGCUGGCGGGACCUGGAGCGGCUCUACGCGCAGAAAUCCCGCAUCCAGGACGAGCUGAGCCGGGGGCGGGCGAGCAGCGGCGGCCGAGGCUCCCCCCGGCCGCCCAACCUGGACGCGGCGCUGGCCCUGCUCCGCAAAGAGAUGGUUGGCCUUCGGCAGCUGGAUAUGUCAUUGCUAUGUCAACUGUACUCCCUUUAUGAAUCAAUACAAGAAUACAAAGGGGCGUGCCAAGCUGUAUCUAGUGCAGACUGCACAUAUGCUUUGGAAAAUGGCUUUUUUGAUGAAGAGGAGGAAUAUUUCUAGGAACAACAGAGCAGGGACAAAAGUGCAUGGAUCAGUCUUUCACCCUGUGUAACUCCCAUUUCCAAGAAAGAUUGGAGACUGGAAUUUAUCUAGACAUCUCUUCUUGUGGGGUACACCCCCGCUACCUUACCUCAUUUAUUUCUGGCAGACUGUCAAUACAAGUUACACAUGCAUAAGCUACUUCUGGAAAGUGAUGUGCUACACGUUUUGAGGAGUCCUCCAGCAUGUUUGACAGGUGGUAUCAUUUUUAGUUUGCAGGCUGGGUGUUUCCAACCUACUGAUUUUUGGCAAGUAACUUACAGCUAUAAUUUUGAUCAAGAGAGUGAUAACAUCCUGAGUAUUCUAAUAACUCUUUUGUAAUUGUGGUGUGAAUAACUAUGGAUGGUAUGCAUUUGUCAACAGUACAGAUAAAUACAGUUUGCAGAAAUGAUUUGAUACACACAUUCCAAGCUGUACUAAGCUAGUCUGCUCUUAUCAGCCACGUCACUUAACUCCAGUUCUGCACUGGGUGGAUUGUUUACACAAUUUCUCAGAUAUUUGUCUUUCCCCCUCUCUACAUAAAACCAUAUUUUGCCACGUUCUUUUCGUCCUAGCCCAAAAGUUAUAUGUAUGCUAGUGAAUGUUAUCAGUACCUUUUUUUCCUGCUGAUCUAAUUCACUUUCUUAGUGCUACCAAGGGGCUAUAACUUUUACACUGACUUCUAGAGAUGUCUUGCAUAAACAUAGUUCUGUGACUGCUAACAUCUGUUUCAAAAGGUUUACUCAGCUUUUACUGUAUUGAAUAGUAAAAGCAUAGGUUCAGUCAGUCUGUCGGCCACUGUGUGGCUUGUAAUAAGCCAAACUCUUAUGCAAGUGUUUUCAGUCGCAUGAAGAUGAAGUAUCAGGAAACCUUUAAUACAAGAUACUGGGACAAACUGCAAUAUUUUGUACUGGGUGAACUUUGUUUCUGGAAGGUAACCUUCAACUUAAAAAAACAAAAACAAACCUACAAAAUAAAUAUAUUGGGAUUAUAGUUUGCAUAGUUAAUACUUUUGAUACCACCAUAUUUGCUUAGAACUAAGCUUGAAGUAUAAUUUUUUUGUUUUCAGUGCUUUUUAAAGCAUUAAACUAUGUUUAUUACGAUUUAAUAGUGCAAGUGGGUGUGUGCGCAUGUGUGUAAUAUUGAAUGUGUUCAACAUGUAUCUGGGAGUAGCCAGCUUUUUUGCACCAUUUUAAAGUAAAAUAGCAGUGUUCAACAUGGCUAAUUCCCUUUAAAUUUAGAAAUUUAAAAUCUGCUGUAAAAUUCUGACAUCAGACUUUGAUACAGUCUAAUAAUUUGAACUGCCUUGAAAGAAAGGGAGAGAACAACUAAUACAUCUUGGACAAUUUAAGUAGUUUAUAUAUUAGAAACUUUCUGGUUUCCAUUAGUGAAAGGACUAAUUUCCAGGAAUCAGUGGUUUAUUAAGGUGUUCACUUGGCUAUCUCAGAUUACACUUUUAGAGAAGCAGCAAAGAAUCCUGUGGCAUCUUAUAGACUAACAGACGUUUUGGAGCAUGAGCUUUCGUGGGUGAAUACCCAGUUCGUCUGAUGCGCAUCCGACGAAGUGGGUAUUCACCCACGAAGCUCAUGCUCCAAAACGUCUGUUAGUCUAUAAGAUGCCACAGGAUUCUUUGCUGCUUUUACAGAUCCAGACUAACACGGCUACCCCUCUGAUACUGUUAGAGAAGCUAUCCUGAAUUUAGGAUUUGUAAAAUGCUUACCUUGGAAUACCACACUUCACUAGCUAUGCUGAAGGCUGGUUGUAAAGGAAAAUGACACUGUACACUUAGGCAGAAUACGGUGUCUCAAAGCAAUUAUUGUAGAUAUAGUAUCUGUGAGCCUUCAUAAGACACAUACCCACAUUGUAGCUACAUUUUUGACCUCUGAACUAAGUCUUGUGUUGCGUCAGUAUAGAGCUGCCUUAACUGGCUGCAGUUUCUGUUUUAAAAACAGUGACCUUAAGGGCUUAUUCUUCAAAGGAUGUUUGCCUGGUUCAUGUGUUGCAUUGACGUAAGUGAAGAUAGUUUAGGUUGCUGUUUGUGUGUAUUCUCCUUUAAAUUGCGAUAGUAAUGGAAUCUAAACUCAACAAAAGUAGAGCUGUUGUAUAGGAAAAAGCUAUUUCAUGUGCAGUAAUUUGUGUUUUUACCUCUUUAAAUGUGUACUAUAGAGUUCUUACAUUUUAAAAAAAUAAUUUCUGACCUAGUUCACUCAGUAAGUGAAAAAUGAAAGAAUGGAGUUCUGUAAGUUUCAUAUAGCUAACUUAGUAAUCAAAAAGACAACUUCUGUAUUUAGAUAAUUCUCAUGUUUGUGUGUAUAUUCAGCAAUUGUACCCUUUUCACCGUGGUUAGUCUUCCAAAUGUAUUAAAUGUAAUUAUUUGGAUACAACUUGCUAUACUCUUGGCAUUAAAAAAGCUUGUCCUAUUCUUUUUACAUCUCCCUCUUCUCCUGACCCAUCCCUGAAAUAAAAAUGUGUAUAGCAUAAAAUGUAAA